UUAUAGAGCUUCUGCAUUCUGAUUCUUUGGGGCCUUUUUUGCACCAAGCUUUGCAGGAUGUUUUGGUGGAAUGUGAUCUUGCUAUAAAACGAAAGAAAAUAGUAAUAAGAUGAGAUCCUCUGUCAGUGUCAGAACUCAGUAGAGCAGUAAGGAAAAGUUGUGAACAAACCAAUAAAUGAAUGAAGCAGAGCUCUUCUGGAGUGCUGUGCAAAAUCACCUGAUAAGGAUGGAUGCUGAUGGAGAAGAUAAAAAGCUACGUACCCGUUCAAGAGGAAUCAAGGCACAUGUGGAUUCAAUCGUGCAGGAACUCAGCACCUACAAAAACUCCAUGGCUAAGAAGAGAAAAGCUGAAGAAGAGAUUUUGGAAGUUCCAAUCAACAAAAGGAAAUCUCUCUUAAUGAAGCCUCGCCACUACAAUCCCACCUUGGAAGGCAAAGGAGAAAAUGAAGGCAGGACACAUUUUCAGGACAAUAAUAAUGUUCUCCAAGCAGAAAACACCACUUUAAUGUCAGCAAAAAGUAUCUCCUAUUUCAACAUGCAAGAAAAUGAUCUUCAAAAGAAGGACAAUUUCACUAACUGCCAGGAAACAAUGACCAAUACAUUAAUUAAUUUUGAACAAAUAGCAAAGGAUGUACCAAAUUCGCUAGAGAAUGAUAAACGAAGUGAUAGUGACAACCAGCCCUUAAAAACAGAGAAGAACAUUGCUGCAUGUUAUGGAAUUAAUUCUUCGGUAAGGGGCAGAAUGAGUGUUCCACAUCCACAAUACUGUUCCUCAGAAGAUAAUGAAAGUAGCUCUGAAAUUCUAGACAAUGAAUGGGAUAGUUCCUCAAAUUUUUCUGAAGAGAUCAGUAUAAAACUGCCUUUAAAUAAGACAUAUCUUGUAGGAUGUAAUCAGGAAGAAGUCCUAAAAACACUUGACGUCAAUGCUGAAGAAAAAGAUGUUAACAGUUCUGAAACUUUUAGUAGUUUGAGAUCAGGACUGCAAGAACCACAGGGCUCACAUGUUGACACUUGCAACAAUAGAAUGCAGAAUUCAUUUCCAGAUUGUGAAGAAGAUGAUUGUCUAUCAGAAAACACAGAACAGUCAUUUGACUUGGAUAAAACAAAACAGAACUUAAAUUUGUUGGAACAAGCGAUAGCUCUUCAGGCAGAGCAGGGUCACGUCUUUCAUAGCACUUACAAAGAACUGGAUAGGUUCCUACUGGAGCAUCUUGCAAGUGAAAGAAGACAAGCCAAAAUAGUUGACCUUGGUGGUAGACCAGUCUAUAACCACAAGCAUGUAUCCAGACCAGAAAAAAGAGAGACCAAAUGUCCCAUUCCAGGGUGUGAUGGAACAGGUCAUGUGACUGGAUUGUAUCCUCAUCAUCGCAGUCUUUCGGGCUGUCCACAUAAAGUCAGAGUGCCACUUGAAAUCUUUCUGGAUGUCCAAUUGCUGCAGCUGAGAAAAUGACAAUGUCUCAAGAAAAAGGUCAACAUGAAACAUUCAAAACAGGGCAGUGCCAUGAUCAAAUCCACAGGGCAAACUUGGUGAAACAUUUUGAGUUAUCUCAGUACAGCUGCCGAUCUGCCCAAGCAAUCCCUUCCUCCAGAACCACUUUUACAAGAGAACAAGAGAAAUAUGGGAAAGUACCUUUUGAUUAUGCUAGCUUUGAUGCCCAAGUCUUUGGCAAAUGCACAAUGAUGCCAACUAUACAAGGACAAAAGCCCACACAAUCCUUUGAAUCAAAGCAUUUUUCAAAUCCAGGGAAAUUUUCUAAUCGGCAGCCUAGUGCUAGUGCCCACACACAGAGUCCUUGCCAUGCCAGCUCUUAUCGCUACGAUCAAUGUAGUGAAGACACCCACAUAGCAGCAGCUGCUGCAAUUCUGAACCUUUCCACUCACUGUAGGGAAGCUACAGAGAUCCUCUCCAGCAAACCACGGAGUCUGUCUGCCAAGGGAACUGAAAUAGAAGUAGAUGAAAAUGGCACUUUGGAUCUGAGCAUGAAAAAGAACCGAAGUCAAGAAAAUAUUACUUCUCUAAGUUCCUUCAGUGCCAAUGUCCCCACUCCUUCCUCCUCACCCUUCAAAACAGGCAGCAUUCUGGUCAAUGCCACUUUCUACCAAGCUUUGAAUGAAAAAGAAGGUUGGGAUACACCAAUCAAUUAUAGCAAGAGCCAGGGCAAAAAAGAGGAAGAGAAAGAGAAAGAUCCUGCAAUCUGUCCUGAAACACUGGAGGAAAAGAAAUCUUCGGACAUCUCGGAACCUAGUCCAAAACUCAAGGUCCAUUCAAGAGAUCUCAAAAAGGAACUGAUCAUGUGUCCAACUCCAGGAUGCGAUGGUAGUGGUCACGUAACGGGAAACUAUGCAUCUCACCGCAGUGUUUCUGGGUGUCCUUUGGCUGACAAGACGUUAAAAUCCUUAAUGGCGGCCAAUUCUCAAGAACUUAAGUGCCCCACCCCUGGAUGUGAUGGCUCUGGUCAUGUGACGGGAAAUUAUGCCUCUCACAGAAGUUUGUCUGGCUGUCCCCGAGCCAGGAAAAGUGGUCUGAAAGUGACUCCUACAAAGGAAGAGAAAGAAGAUCCUGAACUUAAAUGUCCAGUGCUCGGCUGUGAUGGCCAAGGUCAUGUAUCAGGUAAAUACACUUCCCAUCGCACAGCUUCAGGUUGUCCCAUGGCUACCAAGAGACAGAAGGAAAGUCCUCUCAAUGGAUCUUCACUACCCUGGAAGUUGAACAAGCAAGAACUGCCACACUGCCCUUUGCCAGGCUGCAAUGGGUUGGGUCACGUUAAUAAUGUUUUUGUCACCCACAGAAGCUUGUCUGGAUGUCCCCUGAAUGCACAAGCCUUAAAAAAAGGCAAAAUAUCUGAAGAACUAAUGACUGUUAAAUUGAAAGCAAAUGGAGGUUUAGAGAAUGAACAUGAAAUCAGACACUUGGAUGAAGAAAUUAAAGAACUAAAUGAAUCCAACCUUAAAAUUGAAGCUGACAUGAUGAAACUCCAGACACAGAUCACAUCAAUGGAGAGCAAUCUGAAAACCAUCGAAGAAGAGAAUAAACUGAUAGAGCAGAAUAAUGAGAGCUUAUUGAAGGAACUAGCUGGCUUAAGCCAAGCUCUCAUCUCCAGUCUUGCCGACAUUCAACUUCCACAAAUGGGCCCAAUCAGCGAGCAGAAUUUUGAAGCAUACGUGAAUACACUCACAGAGAUGUACAGCAAUCUGGAAAAGGAUUAUUCCCCAGAUUGCAAGGCUCUGCUGGAAAGUAUCAAGCAAGCAGUGAAGGGUAUUCAUGUGUAGGAUGGAAGAACUGCUGGGCACAAGAAGGUCUCAGCAGCUGCAAAUUCCAGAUGAAUCCAUGAAAAGCACCUGGACUGCUUAGAAAUAUUGGUUGCUGUGCUGCAUUUUUAAUUACAACAUUGCACUAUUUUUUUCCAGCUGACAUAAAAAGGACAUUAAACAUAACAGACUAUUGUAUUAACAGCAAUGAGUUAGAUCAUCAAACAUAUUUAUUUAUGUACAAAUCCUUUUUGUUGCCAUUGUUGUUUUGCACUUGUUUCAUUUUUGUAAAGUGAAUGUACAAAGUGUGUGUAACUAUUUUUUUACAUUUUUAAUUUAUUUUCAAUCAAAGAAUUGUAUGGAUUUUUUUUAAAAGAAAAGAUUGUUUAACCGCAUUUCUUGCAGCCUGCCAUAUUUUUACAAAUGUGUUUGUUAAUUUAUUUUCCAAUGGGAUUUUAAAUAGACUGAAAGUUAUAGUGUAAAUUAAAUAAUGUGCUGGGUUUGUACAGGAAGAAAAAAAUACUAUGAAAGAAACAAAGUAACAGAACUGUGAUUCUAGUUUAUUUUCACCACAUCCUGCUUUUUAUAACAAUUUUUUUUAUGAAAUAAGAAUGGGUUUGCAAAUAGCAUGAGAGGCAAAGACCCAGUGAUACCAAGGUGGAUGGUGCCCUCUAGUGGCUAAUCGCCUUGAGCACAGCAUGCAGUAAGAGUUCAAGAAUUUUUGUAGCAAUAAUGAAAUAUAGCAAUUAGCAAACCACUGGAUCCAGCUAAGCCUACAUUAAACAAUUGUUUGAAACCAUUCAGGGGAAGACUGGACUGAUUGAAGGAUACUUUCUCAAUGCCUAAUUUCACGCUCAUUCAUGCAGGAAGAUCAAACUGUUUGAUCAUUCAAAUAAGAUAGGUUCAAAGUACAGAAGCUUGGGGGGGGGGGGUUACUAUCUAUAUAAUUUCAUAUUUGAAAAGUGCUUCCUAAGUCAAUGAUUUUGUACCAGUGGUGGGUUUCCAUUUUUUUUUACUACCGGUUCACUCAUGAGCGCGCUCAUAUGAGCGCGUGACACUUCUGCGCAUGCGCAAACAUUUCCGGGUCGGUGGGUGUGGCCUCCCGCCACUGCCACUACUGGUUCACUCGAUCCGGACCGAACCAGGAGCAACCCACCUCUGUUUUGUACAUAUCACAAAGCAAGGCCAUUAAACUCUACUUAUCAUUCAGCUCAAUACUGUCAACAUCGACUAGUAGUAAAUCUUAGGAGUGGCUUCAUUGAUAAAACUGAUUUUUACACCGAAGAAAAUAGAGAACAUCCAGAAGUGAUUAGUGUACAUACUGGAGUCUUGUAUAAUUUCGAAUCAGGUGGCUGCAAGUUUUAGUUUCUACUGAUGAUGGCAAGUGAGGUCUUCAAAUGUUGCAGUGCUGUAAGCCCUCAUUCAGAAACAUGUUUACAUUUGUCCAAGAUGAGCCCUUUCAUAAUCUCUAUUCAGUUCCUGUUUUGUAACUGCUCUGAAUAAAGAUCCAACAGCUAGUUUAGGGAUGUUGGAUAAUAAUAAUAAUCCCCCCUGAACGUUAACUAAUUUUUUAAAAAGAAAAAAGGAAAUACAAGCCACCAGCUAAACGCCUUUACCCAUCCAUACAUGUCUCAUGUGCAUAUGUGCCUCAGUGGAAAGUGUAUAAUGGUUACAGCAUAGGCUUUACUUUUUCGGUGCUACAAUGGCCAUGGUUAGUUUUAUUUGCCAACAUUAUAUCUCAGCUGGGUAUGACCCUGCUAAGAGUCUUCAUUCAUACAUAUAGUGUUCCUAUCCACAGAUUGCCUCUCGGUCAUUCUCCAACUUUCAUAUGCUGUGAUUGCUCUUUGACAUUAGGUGGGCUUGCUGUUUGUGUAUGGAGGGACUGGCUUGGCCCUCAGACCUUAGUUUAGACAGGAGAGGUGUAUGUUCUUAGAAGCUGUGCUUAUUUUUUAAAGAAAUUUUUUUGACAAAGCUACAGUAUGUGCUAAUAUAAAUUAGAACACCAAAUUACUAUUAAAUUAUUGUACUUGUUGGUUUGUUUGUUAUAAGACAUUUGCUGACACCAGUUUAAGGCAUUCACUCAUGACAAAAAGUAAGAAGUAAUGUACUAAAUAUUUUAAGAGUAAUUCUAUAUUUUAUUUAAAUUAAAUUAAGCAAUCUCUUUUUAAUCUAUUAUUAUUUACUAUGGCUUUCAGUUAAUUUAUCUGUGUUUGGAUUUUUGCUCAAGAUGUACUUUCAUAUUGAUUUGCCUUCUUUGUAUUUGAUGUUCUGUAAUGUGAGCUGUGAUUCUUCCCUUCCUCUGUCUUCCCAUUCAUUCUUUUUUUCCCCUUUCCUUUUUCUGGGUUAAUUUGCUUUGAUGAGCUAUCCUGUAAAUUAGACCUUU